CUCAAUCUCCUCCGCAUCAAAUCAACAAAACAUUCCAAAAUGGAGGAAGUUAGGCCUGACCUGACUGGACACAACUGUCAAUCAGUCGAUCAAAACUUAACGAUACCUUCAGAGGUUAAUGAAAAGGUUAUUGUCAAUGGUUGGAGUUCCGGAAAAGUAUAUAAAUACGGAUUUACUCUCGAGGAACUUUUCAACCUAUCUCUUGAUUACUACAAAAAAGGUAAAAAAGUUUUGAAUUUGAAUUAUGAAGACAAACUGCUUUUGGUUGCAUAUUACAAGCAGAUAUCAUGUGGAAACUAUGACAGCAGUAAAAUGCCAGAAACAGGGUAUUUUGAUGUUGUUGGAAGUGAUAGGAGGAAAGCAUGGCAAGCUUUAGCCAAUGUACCUGUAGAAGAUGCCAUGAUAAAAUUUUGCCAAAUCCUGGAAAAGGGAUCAGCCCUUUAUGAACCAUAUAUGGAGGCACAAAAAAGGGACAAAGAAGAGAAAGAGAGAAAGUUGAAAGAGGAAAUGGAAAGAAAGAAAAGGGAAGAAGAAGAAAGAAAGAGAAAGGAAGAAGAAGAAAGAAAAAGAGCAGAAGAAGAAGAGAAUCAAAGAAAAUUGGAGGAGGAAUUAGCUCGGAAGAAGCUAGCUGAAGAGGCUGAAGCCCUUAGAAGAAAAGCAGAAGUUGAAAACCACCAAAGGAAAGAAGAAGAGAGUAAGCACCAAGAGAAGACGCCUGGUGGUGAGAAACCUAUAAUGGUUGCAUCAAGUCCUGUUCAAGGUGUAUCAGAACAUAAAAUUGCCCAAGCAUCUUUGUGGACACGACCAAAAUUAAACGAAUUUAUUCAGCAUGUUAAAAGAGAUGCUAGCUCCAUAAUUGUUGUUGGUCGUGGUGAAACUGUGACGGUGCGAGUUCCUACACAUGAGCAUGGAUCCUGUCUCUUCUGGGAGUUUGCUUCAGAAUCGUACGAUAUCGGUUUUGGCAUCUACUUCGAAUGGUCUACAUCAGAUAGCAAAGACGAUAAAGUCAAAUUAGAAGAAAAUGAAGGUGAAAUGGACGAAGGAGAUGACACAGAUGAGAACAAGCCAGAAAUUGACGAAGUUCUUCCUGUACUUAGAAGAAACUCGCACGAGGAAGUUAUCGUUGGCAGUCAUCUGUAUCCUGGACAAGGAGUCUAUCUGCUAAAAUUUGACAAUUCGUAUUCUUUGCUGAGAUCAAAAACAUUAUAUUAUAGAGUAUACUACACAAGGUAAUACAGAUUAUAGUAUGUAAUUAUUUGGAAAAUAUUUGGGACACAUAGAAUACUGAACAUUUAACUCGAACUUGGUACAAAGCUUUGCUGCAAAGUGUAGGGCUAAUUUAGAAGGCAUUCUUCAGGUAAGAAGCCGUAUACACUUCUUCGUUGUGGAGCCACGUACAAAUAAUUCAUUUUUGCAUAGGCGCCAGCUAAAUGGGGUCUUGGAUGCUCGAGUCUGCUGAGGAAUUCCUAGAGAGGGUUCACAUUAAGAGAGAGAAAUCACAACAACAAACUUUUGGGGAACAACAAGAUAGAAGUAUUUAUAAUCUUAUUAGAUAAACUGUAAAUAAAAAGGGCUUUCAGCAGUCGUGAUUCUCUUUCAAAAGUACCAUUCUAGUACAGUUGCACUAAGAUUGAAAUUCAUCAUGAACACUCUUUUAACGACAUGAGCCCUUUUGUAUGGCAAUAUUUCUAUUUCAAUUUUGAGCCAGCCCCCGGGAAAAUCUUAAGUCGCUGUCUAUGUCUUUAUAAUACAACAAAAUAUAUAACCUUACUGUGAAUUUCAAUGAAGUUGUUUCUAAAUGUGUUCACAAAGCGUGUUUGGCGUGGUAGUUUUGUAAGUUCGUUAUACUAAAUCAUUGUGAUGGCACUCACUGCCAGUUCAUGUAACACUAACCUUUCCAUGUGUCGAACAUACUCGCUGUUUAAAAGUCACCAAUUUUCUGGAAGAUGCAACAGUCUUGUGAUCAAUGAACCUUUACAGACUGAAGUACAAUUUUUCCAGAACUUCUUGCAACGAUUAAAGGAUUAAAGAGUUUUUAAUGUUAUUUGUAACUCUUUCCGGCACCAGUUAACUUAAAUACAUGAAUUUAUACAAUAGACUUAAAUAAUACGUCUUAUUUUAAUAUUUUCAAACAAGGACAAGAGUAUUGAUAUCAACUGAUUCAAGUCUUUAGCUACUUCAGACCAACAUUUAGUAUUUUGUCAGAUGUUUUAAAGGUUUUUUGUGGCUUAGAAAUAAAGAACUGUUGUUAAAAGCACUCAGAUUGCA